AUGAAGAGCAUCAUUGGGGGUAUGCCCCUCUUCCUGGACAGAUACAGUCCUUUAGAAUUUCAGCUUCAUGAAGGCCCCAAGGAGCACAGGCAAGAUCUUGUAUGGUCGACACCUGCUGUCACCAUACACCGUCACCCUCCAGCUACCAGAGACCAUCGUAACAACCGCGAACUGCUCCUCCUCUUCGAGAGUGUCUCCAAGCUGUCCGGCAUGACUGCGAUGGACGCUAUUGCUCUAACACGGCAGGGCGGCCGAUGCUGUUGUCGAGAGCUUACUGCUGGCUGGCUUACCAUCAGCCCGGACUGUGACAUGUUCCUUACCAUCGAUCUGUAUAAUGCUGAGGGGUUCUUUGCUCUCUACGAUGAUGCCAACUGCUUCAAGAGGGUUGCCACCUGGUCACUCGAGGAGAUGGCUAGGGCCAGCUUCAGGCUUGACCCUCCCACGCAGAUCGAUCUUAGUGUUGUCGCUGGCGUACGGACUAGACGAUAUCAGCUCAAGAAUAUGAGUGCUGAUCUUGUAUACGCUUUGGCGUUGGUGACAUGUUAUACCUCCCCUCGGAGAGGAUCUUCAAGGUUUAGAUCACCCACGAGGUGA